AAUUCUGAUCUCUUCGUUGUUGAUUUGAAGGGUGACCAGCAAAACGUUGCCUAUGACAGACUGCACAAGUACAGCAUUCCACCAUAUCAUCGAGUCGGAUAUGGAAGUAUUCUGGGUCUGCACACCAGGUUCAAGAUAGAUCGCGCCGAGAGCACGCUUGACAAGAUCUUGGUUACUGACAAGUCUGCCAAUUCAAAGCAGGUUCCUCAAAGGUUACUUCUGAAGCGUCAAAGAAACCAAGAAUUAUCCUCUUUGCACGUGCAUGACGAACCCGAGCUAGAUCUGGCUCAGGACUUCGUGAGUUUGUCACCUUCUGCCGAUGACCAUGAUAGUAAACCCAUGGAUGAAAGCUUCGACUCGUUCAGAAACUCCGACCAGAUAGUAGAUUCGGAGCCACACCGCGUACGAGAGCACCAAAUACCGGACGUGGCCUCUGAUGUUGACCUACGGGUUCGCCAGCAAAACGUCCAGUUCGUACGAGCCACUAAAUCGGACCCUUCUAAUCUUCAAGCCUGGCUUGAUCUAGCAAACCACCAGGAACGCCUUGUCAGCCCAGGCGCCGAUGCUCAUUCCUUGACCAACGUUGAGAGACAGACUUUGGCAGACAUGCGCAUAGCUGUUUAUGAGAAGGCGCUCAAGCACGUUAACACCAGCGAAACAGCAAAACGUGAGCGUUUGUUGUUGGGACUGUUACAAGAAGCAGCUGUUGCCUGGGAUGCGCAGAAGUACAUGAACAAGCUCCAGGGCAUUCUUCAACAAUAUCCCGAAAGCUUUCGUAUCUGGUCUCUGUACUUAGACGCUUGCCAGACUAAUCCAAUCAACUUUCGUUUUGAAGAUGCCAAGAGAAUAUUCGUGCGCAGCAUUCGCACGCUUGGUUCGAGGGCUACUUCAGGUAAUGAGCCUGAUUCUCGAAGAAUGGUUCUCUACUUGAUCCUACGCUACACUGUCUUCUUACUAGAUACUGGCUAUGAUGAGCUAUCCAUAGCCAUAUGGCAAGCUCUCGGCGAAUAUCACUUGUUCAGGCCAAGGCACCUCGCCUCUCGCGAAAUCAGUCAUGUGCUUGGCGACUUUGAACAGUUCUGGGAAAGCGAAAUUCCAAGAUUCGGGGAAGUCGGAGCACGAGGAUGGCGAACUGUUGUUGAAAAUGACGAUAUGAUAUCGAAUCAUCAGAAACCACCUUCCAGGGAUCAGAUGAGUUCGAAAAUGCCUUUCAAGUCUUUCGCUGCCCUAGAGUCAACCAUGAGCGAUUCAUACCAAUUUCCUGGGAGAACUAUGGACGAGCCUGGUUCUGAUGAUCCUUUCCAUGUCGUAUUGUUUUCCGACAUCCGCGAUAUCGUUGAAGCUACAGCGUCUGGCCUUGACCACUACGACUUGCUCGAUGCUAUAUUGUGUUACUUAGGUCUCCCUAGAAUGGGCUUGAGAACAGCUGCUGAAAACCACACUCAAUCACAACCCCAUUGGCGAACAGACGUCUUUCUCCGGCAUGGGCUGUUGCAAUCUGGUUCAUUGCUCGAUGAUAACAAUUGCUUGUAUCGACAGCAUAUCCCAAACUAUCAGAGGUCAACAGAACUUUUGUUUUCACGCAUGUUCAGAGGUCUUUCCGCAGCAGUAUCUGAGCAAGACGCGAACAGUUCAAGCUCGACGCCGGCUGCGGCCCACUUCGCUCGAAGGAUGCUUUCGAGCAUGGUAAAGGAAUUUUCAAACGACGAUGAUCUGGCAGAAUAUCAUCUAGCUUUUGAGCUUUCGUGUUUUCCUAAGGAGGCAUCGAAGGCUGCCAAGCAAAUCUUGAGGCAACGACCAUCGAGUCUUCGGCUCUACAAUGCAUGUGCUACAAUCGAAGCAAAGUUGGGAAAAUUCGAAAAAGCUGCUCAAAUCUGGUCUGGCGCAAUCAACAUGAAGGAUAGCUUCUCACACGCAGCUCAGGAGGAGCUUGUUCUGCUCUGGCGUGGAUGGAUAUGGUCUAAUCUGGAAGCCAAUCAACCACAAAGAGCACUGGCUCAUCUUGCGUCUUUCGGAAGCAGCGUUAAUCUAGAUGGAAAUGUGUUCGCUCCGGCGACAACUGCAACUUUAUUGAGACUACGCAAAGCCUUUCAAGAUGGCUUCGAACAUUCACUCAGCCGAGCCAAUCCAAGCCUUGCUGCGUUGAAUGUCGAGAUGCUGGCGCUUGUUGCAUACUUGACGGAACCAGAUGCACUGCAGGCAUCUGUCGAUGCAGUCAAUGAACGAUGCAACGCAGCAAAACAGAAAUGCGCAGACCAAUGUGUGCUUAUCGAGAUGUUGCACCAAGUCAAGGCUGGCAUAAUCGCUUACCAUAUUCGUCAGAAACGAGCGUACCGACCUGCGUUUGUGCGCUUCGAGCUCGAGACGAGUAUUGCACACUUUCCGGAUAACACCAUAUUCCUCGAGAUGUAUCGAGAUAACGAAGUGCGUUUCCGUCUCGAUGAUAGGGUAAGGUCAAUGCUCAAAACUCAAGUGCUCACUCGCGGUCAAUCACCCCUUGUGGCUUGGACAUUCGCAAUCAAUCAAGAAUUGCUUCGGUGUGAAAGUCAGUCCUUUGGCUCGACGGCAGAAUCGGUAAGAUCCACAUUCAAAAAGGCAUUGAUGACAGUUGGAAGCCCGGUCAGGUAUUCAAAGAUGCUAUGGAUGAUGUGGUUCCACUUCGAGAAGCGCAGAGCCGUGGAAGAAGCAGCAAAGAAAUCUGUGAUAGGCAAAAGACGCAUCGUUGAACAGAACCCCUACGAGAAGCUGAAGCAAGUUCUUCUCUCUGGUUUACAUCAUCUUCCUUGGUCAAAACACUGGAUCUUGCUGGGCCUAGAGACCUUCGAUAGAGAUGAUGGGUUGGGUUGGGGUACUUCGGACUUGAAAAGAUUGUGCAAUGUGCUCAUCGAGAGGGAGUUUCGCAUAAGAGUGGAU